GUGCUGCAAAGGGAGGGAAGCACGCAAAAGAUAAAUUGAGCUGAAAUAGAAAAGUGGGCUAAACAUUCAUAAAGCAUACAACCAGAAUCUAGAAAUGAGGGGAGUAAAACUGCAGGUUCUCAGAGAAAGGAGCUAAAUCAGAUUUAGCUUAAUGUUGAAAAACUGAACAAGAAAACAUAUUUCACAUUUUCUUUUUUUUUCAGGAUAGGGAGAAAUAUCUCCUUCCAAAUAAAAGACUUGAAUGGAAAAAUAAAUGAUGUGUAAUUCAGUCGUAACAGUAGUUUUAUUAGGGGCAGUAUUACAUAUUUCCAGGCAUGUAGUGCCAUUUUAGAGCAUAAUCAAGAAACUAUGUUUCCACUGAUUAUUAUCAAAUGCUGCAUAUAUCAGAAAUGACUUUUAAAAAUUUUGACUUUGUAAAUUAAUGUUUGAAAUUGGGCCUCUAUCUGUUUAAAAUAUCCUGCUCUUUCUGGAACUCUCCCCUAAUGAAGUCAUUACAACAUCCCUGCUCUAUUAACCCUUUAACAAAGUUUUUACCAGCAUUGCACUGAGAAGUAUACACCACCAGGUGUUUUCUAAUUGUGGCUGGCUAGUCUGAAGGAGCCGAGUGAAGGAGUUACAGGGGUAGAGUGCUCUGUGAGGUGUCAUCUUUUGAAGAGGGAAUAACAUUAUAGGAUGAUUUGAAGCUCAAAAAGGUAUAUUUUAUUAAGUAUUGUCCCUUUUACAGCCAACUUCUUUAGCAAUGGCCAAAAACACAACACCUCACUAUACAAUACACAGCACACAUAGCUUCGUCAAAAGAAGCAAAAUAAAAAACAAAACAGCCCCAUAGAGGACCCAUGGACAGUGCAUUAUUGCCUCAGAUGUGAUGUCCAUAAUUUUUAUUGGCUACCAGCCAAACUCCAACAGAUGAGCAACUUGACGACUCUGACCUGAGGAGGUGACAUGUAUUAUUUACUCAUUGGCAGAGUAACACGAUCCCUGUGUCAUCAACCAGUAGCAGGCAGGUGAAGGAGGAAUGAAAGCACAACCCACCUGGACUGGUGUGGCCAUGAAUGAAUUUUAUUUGCAUUAGUGAUGUUGUCUUUGUUCACACCCACUGAGUUUCCAGCAGGUGAUGUGCUCCGAGGCGACUGCUGGCCACAUGUUACAGGAAAGGCAGAGUGCUGUAAAGAAAACAGAACAAGAAGCAGACUGAUGUGAGUCUGAUAUGAAGCUGCUGCAUGCAGGAGUCUGAUCGGAUCAGGUGUGACUCGCAGAAGAAACCCAAACCAUCUGGGUCCAAGGAUAAACCUCUCUCUUUGGACACAACUGGAGACAAGUGAACAAUGAAUUGGGGAUUUUUGGAGAAGAUUCUGAGUGGAGUGAACAAGUACUCCACUUCGAUUGGCCGGAUUUGGCUCUCUGUGGUCUUCCUGUUCAGGAUUCUGGUAUAUGUGGCCGUGGCUGAGCAGGUCUGGAAGGACGAGCAAAAGGACUUUGUGUGCAACACACUGCAGCCCGGCUGCAAGAAUGCCUGCUUCGACCACUUCUUCCCCAUAUCUCAGAUCCGUCUUUGGGCUCUACAGCUCAUCAUGGUGUCCACACCAUCCCUAAUGGUGGCCCUUCAUGUGGGCUACAGGGAGCACCGGGAGGCCAAGCACAAGAGAAAGUUCUACAAGGACAAAGGCAGCAUUGAUGGUGGUCUUUUCUGCACCUAUGUCAUCAGCUUGAUCUUUAAGACGGGCUUUGAAGUGGGGUUCUUGCUGGCUUUUUACUACUUGUACAAUGGUUUUGGGGUGCCCAUCCUGAUGCGGUGCACACAGGAACCCUGCCCCAACACUGUGGACUGCUACAUAGCCCGAGCCAUGGAGAAGAAGAUCUUCCUCUACAUCAUGGUCUGCACCUCCAUCUUGUGUAUAGCUCUCAACUUGUCAGAACUCCUUUACAUUGUUUGGAAGCAGCUGUGGAGACACUUCAGCAGGCGGUAUGUUCCUGUGGAGCAACAGAUUUUGAAAAACAGCCAGCUUCAUGUUUCAGAUGACAAAGGAUUCACAUCAUCUGAGCAGCUUGAAAACACAAAGGUCUGCACACCAGAACCCGCAGCUGAUGCAGUUGAAAAACCCGCCAGUCCAGUUCUGCAGAGCUGAGAACAACCUGGCCCCCUGGUCACAAAGACAAAUGCAGUAUCUUUUCGGCCUAAAAUAUAAUUGACAAUAUUUUUUUUUAAAACAUAUAAUUGAAAAAAUAUAUACCUUCAGAGAAUCAUUGAAACUUGUUAAAGUAUCUGUUGAAUUGU